AUGUCUGUUCAACACACACAAACAUCAAUGCAUCAUGUCCACAAAGAAGGGGAAUUAAUUUAUAUUGAAGCAAAAAGUAAUCUUUACCAUAACCGUGAAGGAAAAGAUUCUUUUGAAACUUUUACUUCGAAAACAUCUUGGGAGUUAUUUGAACGCCGUUGCCAUGAGUUACCAACAGCAGAUAUUUUGGGAUAUAAAACAAAACAGUCUGAUGGAAAAUAUAAUAAUUCUCAAUCCUUCUCUUGGUAUAAUGGUCAACAAGCUCUUGAACUUGCAGAAAACAUCUCAAGUGGGAUUAAAAAAGUAUAUAAUCUUCCUAAAAGAUCAAUGGUUGGUAUAUUUUUUCCUAAUAGAGCUGAGUGGAUUAUUAUUUCUCAAGCAUUACAUAGAAUUGGAUUAAUUCCUAUUCCAUUAUAUGCUACUUUAGGAGUUCAAUCAAUCAAUUAUAUUAUUGAUUUAACUGAUAUUGAAUUAAUUGUUGUUUCAUCUGAAACUAUUUCCAAGUCUACUGAAUUAAAAUCUAAAAGUCAUCAACUUAAAUACAUUAAUAUUGAUUCAAUAGUUCCAUAUUCUAAUCCUAUGAAUUUAGAUAUUCACUCUCUUGUUGAUAUUAUAUCAAUUGGUAAAUUAAAUCCAACUCCAGUAGAUCUUCCUUCUGUUGAUGAUAUUUAUUCUAUUUUCUUUACUAGUGGAACUUCAGGUAAUCCUAAAGGAGUUGUUCAUACUCAUAAAUCUUUCCACUCUGCUGUUUACUGUUUUACUUCAAUGAAUAUAUUUGAUAAAGAUACUGUUGCAUUAAAUAGAACAUCAUAUAGUUAUUUACCUUUAGCUCAUGUAUUUGAACAUGAAGUUACAUAUAUUUUUGUUUAUGGAUAUGGUAGAGUUGCUUUUAUGUGUGGAGGACUUGGGUGUUUACUUAAUGAAAUUCAAGAUUGUCAACCAGAUCAUCUUAUUGCUGUUCCAAGAGUAUUACAACGAAUUAAAAUGGCUAUGGAUGCAUACAUCGCAUCAUCUAAUUUUGUUUCGAGAUUAAUCACACCACCAUCAUAUCUUCUUGGAAAGAAAUUAAAAUCAAUUAUCAAUGGAUCAGCACCAAUCACAAUGGAAAUAUAUAAUUAUUUUAAAGAAAAUUUACCAAAUUGUCAUGUUCUUCAAGGAUAUGGAUCAACUGAAACAUUUGGUGGAGUAUGUUGUGGAUGUCCUGGGUUGAAUGAUCCAAAGAUUCUUUCUAUUGGAGUUCCUUUCUUACAUACAACAUUUAGAAUUAGAAGUGUUCCAGAUAUGGGAUAUCUUACUUCUAAUGAUCCACCACAAGGAGAAUUAGAAAUAAAAUCAGACAAUUUAUUUAAAGAAUAUUAUAAACAACCUGAGGUUACUUCAAAUUCAUUUACCGAAGAUGGAUUUUUUAUUACUGGUGACAUAGUUAAAUUGAACGUUGAUGGAACAAUUAGUAUUAUCGACAGAAGGUCCAAUUUAAUUAAAUUAGCACAAGGAGAGUUUGUUGCUGUAGAAAAUGUAGAACAAGCAAUGAUUUCAAAUAAAAUUGCACAAGCGUUUGUGCAUGGAGUAUCUACUGAUAAUUUUGUUGUUGCUGUUGUAGUUCCAACAAAAGAAGCAAGUGAUAUGAAAGAACAAGAAUUAUUAGAAUGGAUUACAAUGAAUCUUCAUGAAAAAGGAAUUCCAUCAUUUGCUAUUCCACGAGCUCUUUAUAUUGAACAUACACCAUUUAGUGAAGACAAUGAUUUAUUAACUCCUUCAAUGAAGUUAAGAAGAGCAAAUUUAAAGAAACAUUAUGCUGUUGAAAUUGAUAAAAUGAGGACAAAAGUUAAUGAUAUGAACUAA